AACAAUGAAUUAGUCAAAGGAUUUUAAUUGUGGAUUGGUUGUACCGGAAUCUAUAUCAAUGUUUUUAUCACUUGAAUGAAGACCGAUUUUCUCAUUUUUUUGAUUUUGUGAACAAAUUUGGAUAUUUUGAAAUAAUUGAAGAUGGCAGAAAAAAAACCUCAGCAAAGUGAAAAGAGACCAGAAGAUUGUCCAUGUACACCUGAGGAAGUUGCCAUGUUGGAGCAAAAAGGUUUCAAGAUCGGUGAAAAAAUAAAUUUUGGUAGCUUCUCAAAAGUGUACAGAGCCAAAUUCAAAGGCAAAGAUAUAGCCGUUAAAGUGAUUGAUUUAACUAAAACAUCUAAUGAAUACCGUUCCAAGUUUUUACCCAGAGAGAUUCAAACUUUACAGAAAUUAAAACAUCCAAAUAUUGUCACAAUUCACAAAAUAAUGACGAUUAAUAAAAAAAUUUACAUUUUUAUGGAUUUAGCUGAAGGUGGUGAUAUUUUGGAUUACCUGAAAGCUCAUGGAGCAAUACAAGAACCUCAGGCCAAGGUUUGGUUCAAACAAGCAGCUGAGGCAUUAAAGUACAUCCAUGACCAUGAUGUUGCUCAUCGGGAUCUAAAAUCAGAAAAUAUAUUAUUAGACAAAUUCAAGAAUGUUAAACUAACAGAUUUCGGAUUUUCAAGAGAUUGCUUCGAUCACCGUACAGGCAGAGGAGUUUUAUCUGAAACCUAUUGUGGCUCAGCAGCUUAUGUAGCACCUGAAGUACUACGAAGUGUCCCAUACAAUCCAAGAUUGUCUGACAUUUGGUCUCUUGGAGUCGUUCUUUAUGUAAUGGUCAACAAUAUUCUUCCUUUUGAUGAUUCAGAUUUAACCAAAAUGAUAACUCGACAAAUCAAUCGAAGCUGGAAUUUUUCCUCCAAGGUAGAAGACAAGUUGUCAACCGAAUUGAAAGAUUUGAUACGACAAAUGUUAGAACCAGAUGCCAAUAAAAGACCAACCAUAACUAAAGUCCUACGCCAUCCAUGGUUAAGAGACACAAGCGGGGUAACAGGAAUCAGUUUAACAGCCAAAACCAGUAACGUGGUCGGUAAAAAGAAAUAG